UCUUUCUUAUGUUCAUUUUUAUUCUUUUCCUGAAGGAAAUACCAAGGAACAAAGUUUUUCCAUCGGGUUAAUUGUAAAGACAAUUGCGUUGGUUCGUGGAACGGCGUCCCCUAAAAGCAUUUGACCAAAAAUCAAUUACGCUGUCAAGUAGCACGCUGUCGACGGAGACCGGCAUAUGACAAAUUACGAAGGGGAAAGGAGUCGAAUGAAACCUGCUUCACAAAAAUCGGUCAUGGUCAUUACACUGUCGCGGUUCAAGCUGUCACGGUGGAGAGACCGUAAGAGUAGAUCGCAGUAGAUCAUUUCAAACAGAUCAAAUCACUCCCUCUCUUUCUCUCUAUCUAACGACAAAACACGUGUCGCUGCCUCCUACCUCGAUUCCCAAGACCUACAUCGAGAAGGCUAGUCUUGCCAAUUGUUGCAUCGUACGUACAGAACGUCGUCGGGCCGCGGCACUAAUUGCAACGUAUCCGCGAAUACCUAAAAAAAAUCUGAACAUUUUCAGAUUUAAUCACUGUGAGACUAAUUGUGUUUAAACAAUCUCAGUAUCCGUGAAACGCAAAAUGGAUCCCGACAGUUUCAAGGAUUUCGCUAGGGAAAUGACGGAGUAUAUUACUAAUUACUUGGAGAAUAUCAGAGAGAGGAGAGUGCUGCCGACGGUGGAACCAGGUUACAUGAAACCCCUUUUGCCGUCCGAGGCUCCACAAACUCCGGAGAGCUGGAAGGAUAUAAUGGGAGACAUUGAAAGAGUGAUAAUGCCAGGGGUCACCCAUUGGCACAGCCCGAAAUUUCACGCAUACUUUCCCACGGCCCAAUCGUACCCAGCAAUCGUAGCUGACAUGCUGAGCGACGCAAUAGCGUGCAUCGGAUUCACCUGGAUCGCGAGCCCCGCCUGCACCGAAUUAGAAGUGAUAAUGUUGGACUGGCUGGGGAAAAUGCUGGACCUGCCGAAGGAAUUUCUAGCCUGCAGCGGUGGGAAAGGUGGUGGUGUCAUACAGGGAACUGCGAGCGAAGCCACUUUAGUCGCGCUCCUUGGCGCCAAGGCGAAAAAAGUGAGGCAGGUCAAGGAGCAACAUCCCGAGUGGACCGACAACGAAAUCGUGGGCAAGCUGGUCGCUUACGGCUCCUGUCAGGCUCAUAGUUCCGUAGAACGAGCUGGACUUCUUGGAGGUGUGAAAUUCCGUCUGCUGGACGUCGACUCGAAGUACAAGCUUCGCGGUGAGACACUGGCCGAGGCCAUUCGGAAGGAUAAAGAACAAGGAUUAAUCCCUUUCUACGCUGUUGCAACUUUAGGAACCACUUGCUCCUGUGCAUUCGAUCGCCUCGACGAAAUGGGCGUCGUUGCCAAUCGCGAGAACGUGUGGUUGCACGUUGACGCGGCUUACGCUGGCUCUGCCUUCAUCUGCCCGGAGUUCCGAUACUUAAUGAAGGGCAUUGAAUUAGCAGACUCGUUCAACUUUAAUCCGCACAAGUGGAUGUUGGUAACGUUCGAUUGCUCGACGAUGUGGCUGAAAGACCCGACAUACGUGAUCAAUGCAUUCAACGUUGAUCCAUUAUAUUUGAAACACGACAUGCAAGGUUCUGUUCCUGAUUAUAGGCAUUGGCAAAUUCCACUGGGCAGGAGGUUCAGGGCAUUGAAACUUUGGUUUGUGUUGAGGAUUUAUGGCGUCGAGAAUCUCCAACGGUUUAUUAGGAAUCACGUCUCUCAGGCUCAUGAAUUCGAAGCGUUGGUCCAGUCAGAUUCGCGGUUCGAAAUUGUAGCAGAAGUUAUAUUGGGGCUCAUUUGUUUCCGAUUAAAGGGAUCGAACGACAUAAACGAGGCACUAUUAAAGAAAAUCAAUGGAGCCGGUAUCAUUCAUUUGGUCCCCUCGAAGAUAAACGACGUGUACUUCCUGCGAUUCGCGAUUUGCUCGCGGUUCAGCGAGAGUAAAGAUAUUCAAAACUCGUGGAAAGAGAUAAAACUUAGAGCGGAUGAGAUUUUCGAGGAGCAGUCGGUUUCUAAGUGAUGGCGCGCUCAAAUAGCUCGUGGUUGUAGAUCUCUAGCGCCUGCAACUUGUAAUCAAUCUUAAUUUCUAGUUGUCUGGUUUUCUUUAAUGAAUUUGAAAAAUCCGAGACGUAUUUCAUAAUCGAUACUGUCAAAUAAUUAACUAAAUAAUUAAAUUAAAAAAUUAAAUAUUAAAAUGAAACGGGUAAAUUUCAUUUUGAAUUUUGUCAGUUCAAACUAUUUUCUUAACACAACGGGAGACCUGUUGAUAUUCUGUGAUGCUCAGAAUUUCAAAAUAAUUUAGGUAGACGUCCCUAAAAAUUAUUUUAACCGUUACUGGUGUUUAGAAAUACCUUGAAUGAAUUCUGUGUAAACCAAAGAUCUCUCGAUUACCGUUUCUCGCUAACGAACACAUAAUUUUAUUCUCCGUAAACGCAGUAUUAUGUGUCGCCUUGUGCCACUUUUCCAGCGCGUAGCUAACAUUCCGUAGGUAGGCCUCGUUUAGAUCGCUUUCUUCGAUCACCGGGAGUGGCCGGACGCACACCGUGCACAGGUGUACCUUUGCAACGGCGUUGCAGAAUUGUUGUAGGCACGUGUUGCGAAUACAUCAGCUGUGAGCGAGUACUUCGUCCAUCUUUAUCACAAUACGAAAUACGUAAAAAAUUUCAAAUAAAAUAUCGGAGGCAAAGGAUUUAUUAAAAACCUAUCAAAUAUUUAAUUAAUAAUUAAGUUAACAAAAAUUAGAAAAUAAUACUUGAUAGGAAAAGAUCGACGGAAGUACUCUCACUCAGCUGACGAUUUGUGAAACUGUAGUACGGUAUUGGUAUUAUUAUUAUUAUUAUAUCACGAUGCUAUAGAGUAUAUAUGUACGUUGAAUAUUUGUGGUGUUAAUGGAUAGAUUCUAGUUGUCAUGCAAUGCAGUAUGAGACAUGUUGAAAUCAAUCGUGUUUUAAGCAAUGUGUUUCAUCGCAAGGAACGUUAAAUGUGAUUAUAAAGAGAGUAUUGUUCGUUUUCCUGUAUUCAACACUCCUUUACAGGAAGGAUAAUGACAACAAUCAUUACUUUAAUUUUCACAAAUUAUUAAUAUUUCAUUGCUGGUAGCAGAUUAUACAAAAAUAAUCAUGAAUCUCUUAAAUAUUUUGUGAAGAUCGUAGCGAGGUAGAUAAUCAAUAUAUACGAAAACAUCAGAAUGUAGGGAAUAUUUCUUUUACUUGAUAAUAAAUCUUAAUUGUACUUUAGUUAUGUAGCAGGGAUCUCAAGUAGGUAUACGUCGAAUAAUUGUGCGAAGUAUUCACAAAACGUGUCCCAAGAUGUAUAAAGCAUUCAUAGGAUACAUAAAAAAACUGUUUGUUUAGAAAGAGAAUCCUGUGUUUCUCAGAUUACGAUGUAUUAAAAUUAUAAGUAUUGUACGCUAAGUUUGUUUGACUAUGUUUUAUUAAAUUAUUGUUUUAAAAUAACUGUUAUAUAUAUAUCUUAAGAGAAAUAUGAUCUAUAUUUAUGCGUCGUGUCAUGUAUACUAACCACGCAGUUGUAUGUAAUGUACUUAUGUUGUAAAUAAGUUAUACAUACGAUAGUUAUAAGGAUACAAGGAUAUUUAUGUAACAUAUCCUUUCCUUCCUCUUCUAUGCACAUGAUCGACGUUCCUCUAAAUAUUAUCUACAUUUGAUUGCCAUGAUCGUGCUCGUGUUAUAAUACUGUUAUUCAUAUAUACGUGUGUCGUUGUAAACGAGAUUUGUAGACAGUGUGAAAGAUAUAAAAAUGUUCAUUCCCAAGUAGGAAAAUGUAAAAUCAAUUGCAAUAUGUAAGAAUGUGUGAUACUUCAUGCUGCUCAAGUAUCUUUAUUUGUUAGAUAAACAAUGUCGAGUGCGAUUAUGGCAUUUUUAACGUAAAGUAGUGCUGCAACUGGGACAAUAAAUAGAUCUAGAAUUACUUUACACAGUUUGGUCUAUCAAACGAGCAAACGUUCUUAAAAAUAGUUUCAAACCGGACAGACAAUUAAAAAGAUACACUGGUUAUGACUCAGAGCACAGAGAUUCUAUACUUGUACAUAAUGAAAAUUAUAUAACAGAAAGAAGUUAAUCUAGUUUCUGCUAAUAAAUCUAUAUUUAAAUAGAUAUUAAAAACGAAUGGAUAAAUACGUAAAGAGCAAAUUUAAUUGGACGUUAUCGUUGUUAAUUGUUUGAUAAGAACGUUUCCUCGAUAAAAUAACAGAUUGCUGUUAAGUGGGACCAGCGGGAAGUAAUAUAAUGAAAUGUAACCGUAUGUACAUAUAAAUCGUCGUUGAUAUUGAACCAGAUUUAUUUCCUCCUCGUUUCAAGGCCAACGAUCCGUCAUAAAUAAAUGUGUAUCAGUGUUGAAAUUAUCUAACGAAACAUCGUCAUUAUAGCAAUGUCAGCGCAAUAAAGUAUGAACGUUAAACCUAAA